GUUUCGUGCAAUAAACGGAGCGGAAAAAUAAUAUAACAAACCACACAAAAUGAAGGAUAUCUGCAGCAAAGGCAACCCCCUGCACAAGGACACCAUCUACAAGGAUGUGGUAAUCAUUGGCAAUGGACCGAGUGGUAUAUCACUGUCGUACAUGCUGGCGGGCCACUGGCCCUACUGGUCGCCGGAGAAGGCCCAGAAGCACCCGGACGAGCUGCUGCGGGCACGGUUGAACUACUACGACGCACAGAAGAGCCUGGUCGAGCACGACCUGUUCAGUCUAGCCGAUGGGCUGGAAGGACGCAGCACCAACCCUGUCUCCCUUCUGCUGGACAGCCUACAGCACCCGUGUGCCGAUCUCGGGAUGGAUCUGCCGUCGAUGGUCGAAUACCGGUACCAUCCGGAGAAGCAGAUCGAUCACCUCGUGCUCGGACGAGGACCGCCCGGCGGUUCCUGGCAUCGGAUGGAUCCGAACCUGCGCACACUGUCACUAGCUGCCUGGAUGUCGCUGCCCGGUCUUCCCUUCGCCGAGUGGGAAGCUCGUCAUCCCGCACCGCAGGAGCACGAGCAAGCUCUGACAGGUGACGAAUUAAAGGUGCCACCGACUCACGUCGUUGACCUGCGCCACGAUCAACCCCGAAAGAAGGGACACGAACGGGCGGUCGGGGCCGAGGUGCACGGCUGUGUCAGAUGCAGCGAGCUGGCGAAGCGUGAAAAACGAACCGGACAAUCGAAAGUGCCCUUAGCGAAGUGUGGCAGAUGUGCACGAAAUGGAGUGGUGCGCGCCGAUGCCAACAAUAACCGGGGCCAGCAGCUGCAGCAGCAGCAACACGGCACGAACGGGAACGUGGUGGCCGUGCUGGAUGAGCGCAGUGGCAAGGUGAACGCGAAGCUGCUGCAUCCCCCACGGCGAAACCUUUCGUUGAAGCGCCAGGUAUCGAAGGAGGUUGAAACCCGGGCGCUGAUAUCGCGCGUGGCCGAGUACUACGAGAGCUACGUAGCGGAGAUGGGGCUGGAGAAGUUCUUCAUGAACGAGACGAUCGUGACGACGGUGGUUCCACUGGACACCAAAUGCGGAACUGUUCCGGAGCGGUUGCAGAACGGACGAUGGAUCGUGGCUGGAUUCAAUCGAACAACGAGCAAACGCUUUACGGUCGUAUGCCAAAACCUUGUCCUCGCGAACGGUGCCUCCGACCUCGCCAACCGGUUGGGCGUCAAGGGUGAAGGGCUCCAAAUGCCGUGGGUGAAAUAUGAACUUCCGCACCUCGAGCAGGCGCUGGAAAAGUACGACGAUCAUGCGCGCACACAGCUGAAACCGGUUCUGAUCGUCGGUGCGGGACUGAGCGCCGCCGACGCAGUCACCAUCUGCCGCUCGUCCGGCAUCCCAGUGGUGCACGUAUAUCGCAAUCGAACGGCCGGCUUGGACAAGAUGCUCCCGGGCAACGUGUACCCGGAGUAUCACGAGGUGCACAAGAUGAUGAAGGACUCCAAUCGCAAGCACGAACUGUACACACCGCUGCCGGAGCACACGAUCGUCGAUCUGGCGAUCGGAGAUGGCGAAACGCACCGUGUCACCGUGCAGCAUCUGAAGACGGGCGAACGACGUGAGCUGGACGUAUCCUACUGUGCUAUUCUGAUCGGUUCCCGACCCGAUCUACGCUUCAUUUCGUCGGUCACGUGUGCAAAACAAUCGAACGGUACGGAAAUUGCUCCACAUUGUCAGCUGCUUGCGCCCUAUCCUCCUGCCACGGCCGUCAUAAACUGUCCCGAUUCGGAACCGGAAGAGGAUGUCUUGGAUCGAUGCUUCGGUCGGCAGCACUCAGCGCAGCCGAUGACAAUGUGGACCUUCACCGAGCAGUUGCUGUUCUCGCGGCUAGGCCGGAAGCUGUUCUGGUUGAAGAACAUGUGUGCCAAAUGUAAACACAUCAACCUCACCGAUAAGCCUCGCCACAAGCAGCAGUACAGCGCCAUUAGCAUCCCUCCGGUGGGCCACUGCCAGCAUGACGAAAAGGAGCGCCAAGUCCAGGCGAAGGAAUCGUUUGUACUGUGCGCCGCUUCCGGGAUGGGCCUCGGUGAGGAUCCGGCGAAGCCCAUCGACUGCAAGAACAAUCCCAUAGAUGUGGACAAGUACACGAACGCUGUGUUGCGGACGCCCUACGCUGGUCUGUAUGCGAUGGGGCCACUGGUAGGCGACAACUUCGUUCGCUUCAUUCCCGGUGGAGCGCUCAGUAUUACGGCCGCGUUACACAAGCUGACGGAGAACGAUUGAGCGGAAGGGUGAGAAACUCAAUACCGUGGUUCCUCCCAACCCAUUGCGUGAACGUAUGGCUUGGGACACCCGGUGUUCUUUUUCCCCCACCCGGUUUGUAACACCACGGCAAUUUGGUGCAGACCCCGGUUCGUUUGAGUUCUGCCGGUUGCGACUGCUUUAUUUUUUGGGGCAUUACUGCCAUCGGUCGAUCGAAGGAUCAUUUUCGCUUCUGUGGAAAACCAUCCGCACGGUCAAUUUGCAAUAUUUGGACGCCUGUCGCUCACUCGCGCGCGUGUGUGUGUGUUUUGGUGGAUAAUUUGUUCCGCGGUCCACGCACACGGUGAGGCAAUGGCACAAGCGCGUGAGAACAAACCCAGAACAAAACAAUCACUAGCCAGGUGGGCAGCAGAAAUACUCUUCAACGUGUUUCUAACUAACUAAGACGCUAACGAUGUACAUUGAUUGUUUGUGAUUGUACUACAGACUACUUGAGGGUGUUACUUUCCUUCUCAAUAACUUAUUACGUUUACUAUCGCUUUGUACCAAUCAAAAGAAAAUUGUUUUAUGUUAAGUAGUAAUUGGGAGAAAGCAUAUUUUUUCUUCCGCAACUGUUUACGGAUAGAUACGUUUUGUAAUAAUCGUUCGGAGAGCGCUUGAACUUUCGCCUUUAACUGUUCCAAACUUACAGUCUUCAUCACAGUUACGAACCCCACAAACAUUCCCAGCAAUAUAUGCCCUACAAAUACUCUUCUCCAUUGUGGCCCCGAUGCCGCCACUUGUAUCCUGCUUGAAAUAUUCAUCGAUGUCCAUAACCAAUAGCUCUAGUGGGAUGCAUUACAUAAGCAAUAGUAGAACACCUGGUGCAGCUUGAGACAUAGAAAUGGUGACCGUUCAGUACGUUCGUUUACACAACCAUCCUACCAUCCAACAACACUACCGAAGCUUCAUGAUGGAACCAUCGUUCCUUACUACUGUCAGUCUGUGAUUUAGUUUCGUUUUACUCUUAUAGCGUUGGCUUUAAAUAAUUUAUUAUUUUUUAUGAACCAUUUACCCGACCUCGCCCAUUUAACAACCGCCGAACGAACGAACGCAAAUUUGAUUCUCCCAUUUAUACCUCUGGAAGUACAUUGGUUUCCAAGGCACAAAAUUAUAAAAUAUGUGUCUUUACUUUCACAAUUAACCUGUGCCUAAAAACAGGCCGAAAAAAAGGAAACUUAAUCUGCCUUAGUCCUUGUCGCAGUCGGUUGUUUAUUGGGCGAACCCAUCCGGAUCCAUCCAUUUAAUAUAUAGUAAGCUCAUACAGAAAAAAACGGUGGAUUGGUAUUAUACGAAAUCUUUUCCACGAUUCAUGCCGGAAGUAGUAAUAAACACAGUGAAAUGUUCAAUAUAUUUUACAGUAAGCAGUACAGUCUAGAUUGGUAUGACAGAAAUAAGAAGACGGAAGUAACGUCUUUUAACACUUACUUAUUGCAAUAAGGAAUUACAAUUUGUCUCUCAUGGACCUUCAAGGAGUUCAAAACAAUUACUCGUUUCUAUUAAAUAGCGAGCUGGAUCACAUACUCAAAACGUAAAAUAUUAUCAUGUACCAAACAACCCGUAGCCCUUAUGAACCUUGACCAUGUUGGUAGUGACGGUUAACCGAAUUCUAAAACCAAACUUCUUUCGGUGAAAGGUGGACGAGCAAUAGAGACGAACGUGGGUAGAUGUAGCAUGAAGUUCGAAAUGAAGAGAGUACGUUAGUGAAUAAAAUCCCUAGCAGCAUGAGGCAACAACCUAGAGACUGAUCUUUGUACGUUUUAGAACUAGCCUACAGAACCGCAAUAGAGUUGCCUGUGUACGUUACGAGUAGCGAACCGUUCUACGAGAUCUUUUGUUGUUUGAACGGUUUCUUUCGCAUUAAAAUAUACCCAAGAUCCUGUUGUGUAUUUUCUCGCCGAUCAACAUGAACUAUUUUUAUCUUCUCAAAAAGUAUCAUUUUGAUUACACUUCUUUUUAUCGCAAAAACCGUUUAAAUCCAACCAAUUCUUAUCACUCCCAAGAAGAUAGAGAAACUUCGUAAGAGAAAAAAACAAACAAACAAACAGGGUAGACUAGAAGUCGAACACAACAAACAGCAACAAAACUGCUUCUGCAGCCGAUGUACUACCAUAGUAUCGCUACUAAAUUAUUAUGACUCUUUACUAACGUUACAUUAGAACCUAACUUGUAUAUAGAAAACGGUUACUUAAGUGACUAUGUGUGUGCGUGCGUGGUUCAGGUUUCGUGGAUUAUCCGGCUUUAUUCGAGAAAUCCCUUCCGCGUCCGUCGAAGGUGCUGGAAUGGAAAAGUGACAAAAACCAACACAACAAAUCAAAUGCAAAUCAAAACAUGGCGUUACGCGAAUUGUUACGUUUUAUUCUUCUUUUAUAGAAAGUUGAAAAUAUAAUGCAAAAAU